AAAAUUUCUUCUCUGAAAAACGACUGCAAUUUGUUCAGUAAACUGUAUAUUGCAACCUGUGAGCAUAGAGAAGACCUUGACACGUUUUUUUCUCAUGAAAAUCAAAGUAGUCCUCCUGCUCUAUCAGCCAUGGGUUUAUUGAGAUCUGGAGUCAAAUCAGACUUAAUUAAAUGUUUGACCAGUCUUGAUGAGGAAACAACUCGUCCAACAGCUCCCACAGUAACAGCUAAGAUAUUAGAUGGUUCGGCUGUAGUUCAUAUGUUGAGCCCAGGAUCGUCAAAAACAUUCGGGGAUUAUGCUGCCAAUGUGUUUUCAUCCUUUCUGACUAGAGAACUAUCUAAUGUCGAACGACUGGACGUGGUUUGGGAUACAUAUAAAAAAGACAGUCUCAAGAAUACAGCUCGAGAAAAACGAGGUUCUGGCCAACGCUUAUUAGUUGGCGAACAUACAAGAAUUCCAAAAGGAUGGGCUAACUUUCUUCGUGACGGAUCAAACAAAGAAGAGCUAUACCAUCUUUUGUCGUCACAUUGUUACUCAAACAUGGACUUACCAAUGGGUAAAGAAUUCGUCAUAACUGAUGGCUCCGAAGCUCUUAGUAAAACCACUCCGACUGAGAAUAUGGCACCGUACAAUCACGAAGAAGCGGACACACGGAUAAUGCUUAAUCUUGCUGACGCUGUGCUGAAAGGGCACUCCAAGGUAAUAUUAAGAACAGUCGACACAGAUGUCGUCGUACUAGCAAUAUCUUGUGUGCCAAAGCUAGAAGGCCUAGAAGAACUAUGGGUGCACAUUGGAACAGGACGAAAUCACCAAUACCUGGCGUGUCACACUAUAUCUUCAUGUUUAGGCCCUGAAAGAACACACGUUUUGCCCUUAUUUCAUUCUUUCACCGGAUGUGACACAACCUCAUCCUUUAACGGAAGAGGGAAAAAAACCGCGUUUGAAGCUUGGAAAGCAUAUCCGAAUGUCACACGGGGGUUUGAAGCACUGUAUAGCGGGGACUAUGACAGAGCGGACCCUGAAAUUCAAAAAUUUGUUAUUACCAUGUAUGACAGAUCAUGCCCCUCUGAGACAGUAAAUGAGUGUCGCAAGAAUUUAUUUACAAAAAAAGACAGGCAAAUCGAUAAUUUGCCUCCUACUGAAGCUGCUCUCAAACAACAUACCUUAAGGGCAGUUUUACAGGCUGUUUAUGUUUGGGGGCAGUGCCUAAUAAAAAACCAGAAUAUUCCUUGCCCAUCUGAAUGGGGUUGGCAGAAAGAAGGAGAAGUUUGGGUGCCACUGUGGACCCAAAGUCCUAUGGCUGCUCAAGCAUGCCUGGAUUUGAUUAGAUGUAGGUGCUUGAAAUCUUGCAGAAACAAAUGUAAUUGCUCCAAACGCCAGCUCAAAUGCACAGAACUAUGUAAUUGUGGAGGAAAUUGUAAAUAAAUGUCUGUAAACUUUAA